CUCAUGUUGAUGUUUGCUCUCUCACAUUUUAUAGAGAAUGGCUGGUGUAUUUAACACUUUGAUACAUACAUGGAAUCGUGGAGUAAAUCUUUUCUAUGAACAUGUAAUGGGAAAUAGUCCAUGCAAAGAGUGCAAUGCAGCUCAACCCAAGAUUGCCGAGCCUUGUGAGAGUCUACGAGUUCCUUCAACUAAAGAGUAUCGUCGAUGCAGACAACCUCCUUCUACUCAACGGUCUUAUAAAAGACAGCCUGAACAGCUUCGACAACCUGUCUCAACUCCACAGCCCUGGGAUAGUCAAGAUCCUGGACACUAUCGUCGACUUCGACGACAACCUUCUUCGACUCAACAGUCAAUGAGACAACCUAAACAACUUCGACAACCUCCUUCAACUCAACAGUCUUAUACAAGAAAGCAUGAACAACUUCGACAACCUGUCUCAAUUCAACAUCCUUGGGAAAGUCAAGAUCUGUCUACUCAACACCAUCGUCGACUCCAACAACUUCCUUCAACCCAACAUUGGUUAAUCGUACAAAUUCCUUCAACUCAACAGCACAUUUCUUCUCCUUCUUCACCUACCCUUUCUUUUCCAACUUCCCCAUCUCCAUCACCCCUUCCGCCUUUGGAUUGGGUGCCUUCCACACCUUCUUCAUUGCCAUGGACGUAAUUCAAGUUUUGUAAUUUUUUCUUGGUUUUUGUUUUGUCAUUUUAAAAGUAAAGAA